AUGGGCGAGGCGUACGAGCGGCACCGCCGCCUGGCCCCGCGGCUGACGCUGCUGCUCGUGGGCUACGUGACGACCAUCUUCUUCCUGUGGGCGGCCCUCCCGCUCGUCCUACGGGGCGCUUCCGCCCAGCGGCUACUGCCCUUCAGCCAGAUCCGCGGGCUCGACGCCGGCCCUCUGCCGCUCUACGAGCUCGCCUACGGCGUCGAGUUCGCGUCCACCUUCUACUGGAUCUACAUCAGCGUCGGCCUCGACUGCUUCUUCGCCAGCAUCAUGACGCACGUCACGGCCCAGUUCAGACUGCUCAACUGGCGUCUGUCUAGCCUGGGGAGGGACCACCAGAGCGACGGCCGUCCCGAAAUCACCGACGGGCCCGUAGCCUCGUGCGAAGCGCACCAGCCGCAAAAGACGGCCGCUACAGACCGUGUCGGGUACACGACACUGGUAAACUGUAUCCGCACUCAUCAACAGAUUUUAAAUUUCGUGCGGCAUCUCCAGGAGGCAAUGAGUGCAGUUGUGCUGAUACAGUUCGCAUCGAGUGUGACCGUGGCUUGUAUGACUUUAUGCAUAUCUACUUUCAAUCCGGACACAGGCAGCGCAAUGAAGGCUGCUGUCUACUUGCCAAUACCCGCCAUUCAGGUCUACCUCUACUGCUGGUUCGCCCACGACAUCAUGGAACAGCUGCUGAAUGCGUCCUACUCGUGCUACGCGCUGUUUCGCCAGGUUAACAGCCGCUAAGGAGCCCCGCCACAGCCGACAUUACUAUCAACGCUAGACUCAAGAGCAACAGAAGGCAACAACAGCGAAUGUUGUCAGUUCAUCUGCAUCAAAACUAGCGGUGUAGAA